UCUUCAAGACACCAGCCAGGUAAAGCAGCUCAACUUCUGCUUCACACCUCUUCAACGGCUAACAUGAAUGUGAGCCAGGCACCGAGCCAGCUGCAGAACUCCAGCAGUACUACCUGGCAGGAGGACGCUUCAAGGGGAGUACAGAUUGCUGUUACUCUGCUCGUAUUCCUGGUGGGCGUACCACUGAACGGGCUGGUGGUUUGGGCCCUGGGACUGAGGAGUCAUCGCCACCUGGUUCGCAGAGGCAGCACCGAGGAGACGCGUGCUGCCAGCAGCUUUCGGGUCUACGUCCUGAAUCUGGCCGUGGCUGACCUGAUCCUGCUCCUGCGGACCCCUCUCAUGUUGGGCUUUAUUGCUUACAACUACAGCUGGCCUUUCGGCGGUGUCUUCUGCCGCCUGAUCAUGUUUCUGCGAGGCCUGGGGCUGUACGCCUCUGCGUUCCUGCUGUGCGCCGUGGCCCUGGAGCGCAGCCUGUGCCUGCUGAGGCCCGUGUGGGCCCGGCUCCGGCGGCCCGCCUGGGCCGUUCCCCUGGCCUGCUGCCUACUGUGGGCGCUGGCCGUCAUCCUGUCCGCCCCCUACUUCCACUUCGCCGUCCUGAAGGAUUUCAAAGGGAAACACUACUGUCUUGAGAGUGGAGACUUUAAUGCGGCCUUGUUUGUCACGGAAACGAUUGCAGGUUUCAUGCUGCCCCUGCUGGUGUUCCUGGGGAGUAACCUGGCCGUUUUGAUCAAUAUUAGGCACGCAGUUCCUCUGACACCUACAUCUUCCUCCCCUUCAAUGACACGCAAGCUGAACAGAAUGUACCAUGUGCUCUUCUUCACCAUGCUCCUCUUCCUCACCUGCUGGGUUCCUUAUUUUGUCUGUCGUUUCAUUUUGGCUCUGGCACGAGAAACGCAUUUGCAUUCUUCAGCCAAUGCUGGAAAAUACAUCUCUCUGUACUUGGUGUACAUCAAGAGCGCUCUCAACCCUGUACUUUAUGUGUUUGCUGCCAGAGGACUGAGCCGGGCCAUCAGAAAGUCACUUGUCUCCACUAUAGAGCGACUUUUCAACGAUGAAAUCUCUGAGUCCAUACGAAGAAAGUCGCUCAAGAACUCAAUGGCCGAGAGACCAUCAGUGGUUUAGCAUGACUUAUUAUAAUAGCUAUAACGUUGCUUUUUAUUUGUGGAAACUGCUGUCCUUUCUCCACACCAGGGGCGUCAAUUGGGUAUGGCAAGGUAUGGCAGCCGCCACACCUUUGCUUCAAGGGUUAAAUGUAAAUGUUUGUUUUUUUAAAUACAUUUAUGGAACAACUACAAAUGCAAAUAAGAACAACAUGAUCGACUUCACUAGUUAUUAUACACUGCAAAAACUCAAAAUCUUA